AUGCUUAUUCACAUAGAGUCAUUGUUGAGCACGUCUGAUCCACUUGUACUUGUUUUUCACCUUCUUCGUCGUCAUAAAAAAUUGCUGGUGAAGAAGUGCGUGUCAUCUCUGAAAGAAGAAGAUCUGAAGGGAAAGAAAGUAUUCGUCAGGGUUGAUCUGAAUGUUCCGUUGGAUCACAACCAUAACAUCACCGAUGACGCCAGAAUCAAAGCCUCUGUUGAUACCAUUCAGUAUUUGAUGAAAUGUGGCUCUCAUGUUAUUCUUGCCUCCCAUCUUGGUCAUCCAUUAGCUAAAGAUCCAAACUACAGCUUGAAAUUACUUGUGCCAAGACUAUCAGAGCCAUUGGGAGUUACGGUCGAGAUGGCGAAUGAUUGUAUUGGUCAAGUCGUUGAGGAUAUGGUUUCUAAUAUGCCAUCAGGAGGGGUUCUUGUACUAGAAAAUCUGAGAUUCCAUCAUGAAGUGGUCCAGAAUGAUCCAGAGUUUGCAAAGCAGCUGGCCUCUCUUGCCGAUUUGUAUGUCAAUGAUUGCGUUAGGAAUGCAUAUAAACCAUACGCUUCCACCGAAAGAGUUGUUGAUUACUUGAAACCAGCCGUUGCUGGACUCCAAAUGAAAAAGGAACUUCACUAUCUUUUUGAAGAUGUAUCAUAUCCAGAUACGCCAUUUGUUGGCAUUGUUGGUGGUUCAAAACUUUCCGCUAAGAUUGGUGUGAUAGAUAACCUUUUAGAUAAGAGGGUAAACCACUUACUCCUUGGCGGAGGUCUGAUCUUUACUUUCUUCAAGGCCCAAGAGGGAUCUGUUGGAUCCUCACUUGUGGAGGAGGACAUGCUUGGUCCAGCGGAAUCACUUUAUAUGAAGGCAGCUAGAAGAGGUGUAGAAAUACUGUUUCCUGCUGAUAUAGUAGCAGCAAACUGGAUUGCGGCUUGUGCUGAGGUUAAGGAUGAUAUUGAUCCAUUUGAAAUUCCAGAUAACUGGAUCGGAGUGGAUAUUGGACGAAAAACUAUCGAUCGCUAUAGCCAAGUACUAGACUCCGCCAAAACUAUCAUUUGGAGUGGACCUAUGGGACUGUACAAGAUUGAAAAAUUUUCUACUGGAACGAAGGCUAUUGCAGAAAAAUUGGCAGGACUUGGAGGACGUGGAGUAAAAACAAUCAUAGCGGGUGCCGAUACUGUCGCUGCUAUUAAAAAGAUGGGGCUUGCGGAGAAGAUGACCCACAUUUCAAUGGGAGAGUAUGCCUGCUUGCAGCUUUUGGAGGGAAUACCACUUCCUGCGAUGCUUGCACUUGAUGAUGACCCUGUUGAGAAGGUGGUGCCCGAAGAUGAGUCGGAUGAUGAUCAUUGUUGA